UUAGUCUGUUUCAUUCUUCAUCGUUUAAGGGCAUAGCGAGCGGAUUCGCCUUCAAAUUGUAAACAAAUUGCCAAAAAACUGUUAAAUUGAUUCAAAUCAUCGACGAUUGAGAGUUGUGAAUUGGGUAAUGUCAUAUUCCAAUAUUUUACGUGACUUCAACAGUUAAUAAACGAGUUUAUCAGAUCAUAGGAAGCAGUUCAAUGAUUUCGGAGUAGGCUGAUAUAAAAACAAAAAAAGAAAGGUACAGAAUGAUGGAAGUAAGCCAGAACGUUGAAAUGAAGGAUCUGUCCUCAGAAGGCCCUUUAAGGCGUACUCUAUCCACAGACCUCGGCAGUAAUGGUGAACCACUCUCCACCCCUGCAAUUGUCAAUAAAUCGAGUCGGAAGUCCAGGGAUGAAGAUGACCUGUGUGAGCUCACCAAUGGUGUCGGUGCCUCCGACAGCGUCAAAGAGAAGGAGCGCAAUGCGGGCAGCGAUUUAGACGCUUUGCUGGACAAGAUAAGCUCCAUUGUGGAUACAGUCGAUAAGAGCGAGGAAUGCGACUCUGAAUCGACGAAGGAGAAAACAGCUGAUGAGACGGAGGAAAAGCACGCCGAGUAUAGAAAAGUAAGUGAAGCAGAGGUGCGGGAAUCUGCAGAAAACGAAGAUCGCGUUGAGCCGGAUUCCAAAGAGAAAGCUAAAGGAAAAGACAUCGAAGACAUCGAAAAACCCGCUACAGCCGAAGGAUCGACGGAGGAAACCGAAGAUUUGGCCGAGGCGACAGAGGAGUCUAUUGGAAAAGAAAUAGACGCGGAAAAAAAAUUACAAGAGAAAAAUGUGGUCAAGACACAUUCUGUGGAUAACAAUGAAAAAGUCCGGGCUAAGGUAAACAGCUCCUCGGAUGAUGUGUUUAUGGAUGCUCUUGACAGCAUUUCCAGCUCCGAUGAGUUUGAUGCCUUCAGUUCUCAGGACAGCAAGAAGCCCAAGCAAAGCAACAAGCUUAACGCCGUUGAUAAACCAGUUGCAAACGAUCUGGAUGAGAUUUCCUCCGAUGAUGAAGAUAUCCUUAAGCACGAGAAAGUUGAGAACGCUGAUGAAUCAGGAAAACCCAAAGCGGAUAUCAUAGAUUUGGACUCGUCGGACGAGUGUGUGGUUUGCGAGACGCCUGCGGAGGAAGUAGCCAAAAUAGAGGAUACUGUAGAAGUUACUCAAGACAUAGACGCAGUAAAAGAAAAGGAGACUGAAGAAGAGACUAUCUCAGAUGAACACGUAGACAAGGCCGACGAUGAGCCUAUUAAAGCUAACGAAGAGGAAGAAAAGUUAACAGAAGUCGGAAAGGAAGAGCCCCAAUCAGCCGAUAAUCCCACGGAGCUCACGACCGAAGAAGACGAAGAGUCAAAGGUAACUGAAGAAUUUGCAGAGCCCAUGCCAAUCGCAGACGACGAGUCACUGUUAGUUGAAGAGCCCGAAGAAGAAUCGGUGGAGGUCAAGGAAGCGGAAGAAACCGUAGAGGACAAGGAAGCAAAAGAGCCCGAAGAGGUUGCGGAGACGGAAAAGCUUGAAGAGGUUAAAGAUACAGAAGUUCUCGAAGAGGUCAAAGAUACAGAAGAGCUGGAAGAGGUCAAGGAAUCGGAAGAACUGGAAGAGAUUGAGGAUACAGUGGAGCCGAAAAAGGCCAAGCUAUCGAAAGAGACCCAAGAGGACAAGGGAAGAGAAGAUCGGGACAAGGUCCAGUCAACAGAAGAGCCGAAGGAGCCUACUGUAAUCGCAGACGAGGAAGCAAAAGAUCCCAAAAAAGCGAACAAAACGGAGGUAGCGUUGCAAACGAAACGAUCAGCAAACCAGCAAAUGAACGAAACGACUAUUGGUGAUUUGCUUAUGGAGGUGGACGAAGAUAUCCUCGAAAGGGCAGAAAAGAAUGCGAAUGAGGAUGAACCCAAGGCUAUAUCAAAAAAUAAGGAGCCCAAGGUUAAUGGGGUCUGCAAAAAGCCAACAGUUGACAAUGGCGAGGACUUGGAUAAGGAGGUACCUACUGUUGAGAAGGAAGCCAAGGAGUCGGAGUCCGAUGACGAAGUCAUUUUCUUUGAGCCUAUAGAUAAGACCAAUAAGGCUGACGCUUCCUUACAGGAAGGUAGUAAAAUGUCCGAGAAACCUGAAGCUAAAGAAGACGAAAUUGUUCUUGUGUCAGAGGAUGAGGAUGAAGAACCGCAAGCAAAGAAACUGGAAAAGGACCUUCUCCAGAGUUCAGCGAAGGAAACGACUGCCAAAGGACUUCCCAGUGAUUCGCCAGCGGAAUCGGCUGAGGCCAAGGACCUGCUAUUGGACAAUUCCGACAAUGCGUGCGAUCAGUUUGAGAAGUUAAAGACCCACGUCAAGGCGAAGUCCACUGCCACGGAGGAUGGGAACAGCAAUUCGAGCAACCUGUUGCGGCCCGCCGAAGAGGUCGAGGAGUCGGCAUCGAAACGAGUGCGUCUCAGUACCGAUGAGAAGAUGGAUCCCGAUCUGGAGACGGAACUACAAGCACCCCAAAAAACCACCAUCGAGGAGGAUGAUGAGAAGGAAAUUGUCAAGCGGAGCCACGACCACCUAGACAACAGUCCGGAUCGGGAAGAGGAGAUACCCAAUAAGAAACUUAAGACUGAAGACUCCGAUUCGAACAGCUCCUGCGACGGUACGCUCCAAAUUGAUCUGGACGGCCUAGACGACAAGGCAAAGGUUGAACAGGCGGCUUCCCCAAAAAUUGAAGACGUAAAAGAACUUAACCUUGAGCUCAAGCCCGAACCGGAAAUCAAAAAGGAUAUUAAGCCGCUACGUCUGGAGUUCUUUAAGACCUUCCGCCGGACCUUCGACACAAUGACCCGCGAUGAUCUGGAGGAGCUGGUGCUGCAGAAGGUCGUCGAAGGAAUGCUGGUCAAAAGUGAGUUCGCGGACAUCCGUUUGCAGCUGGACAAAUGCGAGAACACGCUGGCCACCUACCGACGAAAGAUCGCCGAGGUGUCCAAGCAGUUCCUCGAUCUGGAGACUGUGCACAAGCGGGUGCUCAAGGAUCUGGAGACCAAGAACUCCCACUUCACGGCACCGGUCCGGAUAACGCGUGCCGUUGGCCUUCAGGUGGGCAUCCCCUUCAAGGCCAUGAAGCCAACGGUCUCUGUUCCGGAACAGCCGCAUUCUGCAGGCAGUAUGUUGGCGCCCAGUGGAACGCCUCCUAAGGCCAGCACCUCGCCGAUGCGAUCGCCAAUGCGGACCAGACCACCAGUGCCAGGUCCGGCUUUUCCACCGGGCUCAUCAUCCGGCCCCAGUUCCAGUACCACUCCGAAUCCUAGUCCCCAGCCGCAGCAGUCACGGUCCACCGCCAACGUUGCUCAAACUCCUGCAUCGUCGACUAAUCCUAUGGCUCCCGUGCGCCGGGGUUGCCUGCAAAAGGUGACACCCCAGCGACCAUGUCCUGCUAACGUCCUACCCGUGCCGCCGGUCAACAAUCAGACCAACGUGCACCGCUUGCAGUCCUCACCGCCGGCAGGCCAGAGAACGAUGCAUGCAUCGAAGCACACCGGAACCACUGCCUCCGUGACGGCCUCGUCGGCCACUUUGGCGGCCAAGGUGGCCGCCAUGAGGAACCGGAACUCAGGCAACUCAUACGUGACGCAGAAGCAGCAACAACAGCAGCAACAGUACCAAACAGCUCGUCCUGGUCCUGGUUCCGGCCUAGGUCCCAGUCCCGCUAAACAGACACCCAAGUGCACGACGACAGUGCGCGCCAAGCAGGCACCGCUUUCCGGUGCCACCGUCUCGGUGCCUAUGUCAUCUGGCGGCGGCAGCGGGGGAUCAGGAUCCGGUGCAUAUGGCCAGCAGCAGCAGCCCAGCUUGGCGCCGGCCAAGCCCAAGGAGAAGGCGGUCAUCGACCUGACGGACGAGGAUGAUGCAGCGGCGGCGGCGGCGGCGGCUGCGGCGGCAGCAAAGGCUGCCCAGGCAUCCCAGGCGCAAAUCGAAGCGAACGCUCGUCUGCGACAGGCGGCCAAUGCGGCGGUGAAGCGGAAUGCCCAGGCGGCGGCUGGGACAAGAGGAGGUCGUGGAGGCGGAAGUGUGGUCCGAGCAUCACCGAUGCAAUUGGGUCGCGUUAAUGCCCGUCAGAUAGUUCAAAAUAAUAGCGGAGGUCAACGAAGUUCACUGGGCUCUAACGUAACCAUGCAGAUACGUUCGGAGAAUACACCGCCGGCUGCUUCGCGUUUGAGAUACUCACAUCCGGCGCCACUGCCCUCAUCGCCUGCCCAGCCCUUCAAUCCCUCCUGGAAAGUGCCGCCGUCGCGACCCGUAAUACGGAUCAGUUUGCUGGACACCGGCAUCGUUAUCUCCUGGACGCUGGAGGACACGGGUCCGCGGUUCGCGGAGUGUGUAACAUACCAGAUCUACGCGUACCAGGAGACGAUCCACGAGCCCAGCACGGAGAGUUGGCGGCAUGUGGGCGAUGUCAACGCCAUGCUGUUGCCCAUGGCCGUAACGCUGAAUCAGUUCCAGGAGAACCAGCGGUAUUACUUUGCGGUGCGGGGUGUGGACAACCACCAGCGGUUUGGUCCGUUCAGUGUACCCAAGACCUGGUCGUAAACGGAUUGCCGUGUUAGCCAAUGGCCUCUUCCUUAGGACUAGAUAGUAGCUUCGGUACCCACAUGUAAUUUAUUUAUCUCAGCAUUUCAAGCUUUUGUUGAUCGCGUUAGAACUUUGUUUCUCGAAAAUAGGAAUUAUGAGUUUAGUUUUAAGUUUUACAAAGAUUUUUGGGGGAAUUCUAAGGAGUUAUAAUUUAAUACGCCUAGCAGCCAAUCCUUUAAAGCAGAAAGUCAGACAGCCACAAAACGAUUGUAUUUUAUUCAUAUUAGGUUAUCACUUAUCACUAAUAAUUAAGUUCAAAACUUACAUGAAAUAAAAUAUAAUACUGAAUAAAUAUCGAAUGGAAAA